UUCCUUCCCGGCGCGUGAUGACACGGAGGGAUGGAGAGGAAGGAGGAAUUGGGAUGUGCGCAUGCUCGGCUGCUGUAGCGAGCCGCUGUUUACCAGUAGCCACGUUGUCACUUUGUAGCAGAGGGUGAGUGAAAGUAUCUAAGGGGCAAGGAUGUCAUCACCUCCCAAGGCGAAAGUGGAAACCAAAGCUGGGCACCUUCCUGCCGUCAAAGCAGGUGGUAUGCGAAUUGUGAAGAAACAUCAAGGCCCUGUGACCCACGCUUCAGCAGAGAAAGAUAAGGAGAGUGAAGACUGGGAAAGCAACAGCCCUAAGCCAACUGUACCAAUCAUCAUCUCUGGUGCUUUAGCAAGGGGGGAUAAGGACUUUCCCCCAGCUGCUGCCCAGGUUGCCCACCAGAAGCCGUGCCCAUCAGUGGAAAAGCUGCCGAUUUCACACCAGAUCAAUCAUUCCAUCCACCAGCCUCGCAAGUGAAGGAUGUGACUCUUCGAGUGAACGUACCAAAAUCUGUGGGAAAUGUUGUUUCGUUUGGACUCCUGAUAUCUGAUAAUUGAAGAAAUCUUCUGAUUUUAAGAAAAGAGCUGCAGUUUUAAAUUUUGUAAACCUUUGUUGAAACACAUUUGAGCAAAUAAUAGCCAUUUUUAAUUAAAUUGGCAUCUGAGAUAAAA